AUGCAUACCUCCUGUGUCGGUAUCACUCGUGCCCGUCAAGUCCUUGCCUUCUUCCGUCCUCUGACUUGUCCCUUUACCCGUUCUCACAUUCCUCAUCAACAUGCGUGUGCAUUCCAGGGCUCAGUCAGUCACUUGAGGGCAUCUUCACUCGACGGCACCAGACGCCAGAAGGCUAAUCUCAACAUCACAUUCUGUGCAUAUCCCGGACAGAAUGCCGUCUACCCCGUCGCCGAUGGACGAAGUGGCCGAUUAGCUAGACCCUUUUGGGGUAAUAUGGUUCUAUUUUCACGGUUAUCAGCAAUGCUUUUUCGCCAGGACCUCGACAACUCGCGAAAGAGCAGGCUCAACGGCCGGAAGGAGAAUGAUAUUUGGCGGCUUAAUGGACGAUAA